CUCAAAGACUUCAGCCAACAGGUCACCGCUUCAGAGAUCGGAAUCAGAACACCUGCCGCUCUUCAGUUUGUUGACGCAACUCCUCUCCUAUCUUCUAUCUCCCUCGCUCCCUCCUCGGCGUCGCGUUGGCACCGAGCCCUCCCGCCAUGGCAAGGCCGCUGCAGGAAGCGAUCGAUACCUUCAUCAGCAUCACGGGGGCGGACGAGGCCGUCGCCGUACGCAAGCUCGAGGAACAUGGUGGUGACCUUAAUCGAGCAAUAAAUUCGCAUUUCAAUGAUGGAGACAGCAUAUUGAAUGGGAUCAGUCAAAACACCAUGCCCACUAGUCAUGAUGAUAUGAUGGACCUGGAUGGACCCCUUGAUAAUACAUUUCAAAGAUCUUUGUUCCCAGAGAAUUUUCGUGACCCUUUUGCUCUAAUGGAUCCAAAUUUUCAGCACCAAUUUUUUGACAGGGUUGGCUCCACUGAUGGUGUCACUCGUGGACCGCUAGUUUCACACCCUAGAGAGGUGAGGGAGAUUCCUAUAGAAGUUAAGGAUAGUGAUCCUCAAACAAGUCCAUCUGGCCAGGCCCCUGUUAUUGAGGAUGUUACUGGACAUGAGUCUUCAAAUGGCCUUGAAGUUCAUGAAACUAUCAUAAUUGAUGAUGAGGACAGCGGAUUGUUAUCUGCGCCAUCUGCUCCACAUGCUAGUGUUCCUAGCAAUACAUCUUCUGAGCCCACUGCUCCUCCACUGGUUCAUGUUAAUGACUAUGAUGAUGACAUAGAAGAGGAAAUGAUUAGGGCAGCAAUUGAAGCUUCAAAGAAGGAUUCUGAAGGACUGGCAAAUAUAGCAGAGCAAGGAGACCAGCAUCAAGAGGGAGUGAAUUUGGGGGAACAUUCUUCUGAUAAAGCAGUCAUGAGAACCACAGAUGGAAUAGUUGAGAGGCAAGUACUAGCUUCAGGAAAGGCUGGAACAUCUAGGCAACCAAUAGAUGAAGAGAGCUUCCAAGAGGAGACUGAAGAUGUAGAAGAACAACCGCUAGUUAGACGUCGUUCUCGGCGUGCCCCCUCUGAGAACACCGAGCUAGCACAAAUGCCGCACCCAGGAGCUAGCCCUGUUCUGAACAAUCACCAGUCUAGUGGAGGUGAUUUCCCAUCUGAGUGGGGUGGCAUUUCUUCUGAGGAACAUGAUGAAGCUGUUAUGCUUGAGGCUGCAAUGUUCGGCGGAGUUUUUGGAAGACCAAUGCAUCCUUUCUCCAUGCCUUCUCACAGAAGCUCUACUUAUUAUCCCCAAAUAACUCAUUCUUCAUCACCAGCAUUAGCUGAACAGCGGUUAUUAAGAGAGCAGCAGGACGAUGAGUACCUUGCGUCACUACAAGCUGAUCAAGAAAAAGAGUUGAAGGCCUUACAGGAUGCUGAGCUCCAUCGCCUAGAAGAAACAACUACAAGAGAAGUUGCUCUUAAGAAACAGAAGCAAGAGCAGGAGGAAAGGCGUAAAAAGCAACUUGAGGAAGAGGAGCUAGAGUCCAGUCUCGCUUCCAAGCAAGCAUCAUUACCAUCAGAACCGCCUCCAGACGCAGAGGGUGCCGUGACAGUUGUAGUCCGCAUGCCUGAUGGCAGUCGACAGGGGCGUUGCUUUCUCAAAACUGAUAAACUUAAGUUCCUAUUUGAUUUCUUAGACAUUGGGAGGAUUUGCAAGCCAGGGACCUACAGAUUGGUGAGGACAUACCCGAGGCGCACGUUUACGAGCAGUGAGGGGGACGUAUCGUUCAGUGAUCUUGGCUUAACAAGCAAGCAGGAAGCCCUAUUUCUAGAACAGAUCACAGAGUAGAGGAUAAGUGUUUAGGCAGCAUGGUUAUAGACACCACAGCUGGAGCCGGAGAAUUUUUUUUACAUUUUAUACUUGCAGCUUUUGCUAGUAAAAACUCGGUCUGUGAAAAUGGUUGGGUUGGUCGAAGAAAGGCGUCACGUUACCUAUACAAUGUGGACAGCUACGCAUGGCCGUUCAUUCGCACGAGUCUCAGAGUGGCUCUGUACAUACUGUCGGUUCUGUGAAUCAAAGCAAUGUUGCGU